GGGCUGCACACAUUGUUCCAGAGCUCAGAGCAGUCAAUGCAGCAGCUGCAUAGACAGCAACGCCCAGCUCAUCCAUCCAUUCAAUCUGCAGCCCUCCACUGCAUGGGGCGCUCUGUAUAGGGGGGUCUGACCUGGAAUUUGUUGCAUUGUUGUAACUUUUCUCACUGCCUCCCCCCAUGCCUGAGGAAUACAUCAUCUUCUCUGCAAAGGGUUGGGUUUUCAUUUGAGCUGUGAAUGGUUGGUUAUCUGCUAUCAACCUGUGGGGACUUCAUACAAUGACAGAGUACAAGCUGGUGGUGGUGGGCGCUGGAGGCGUUGGCAAGAGCGCGUUGACUAUCCAGCUCAUACAGAACCACUUUGUGGAUGAAUAUGACCCUACCAUAGAGGAUUCCUACAGGAAGCAGGUUGUUAUCGAUGGAGAAACAUGUCUACUGGACAUCUUGGACACUGCUGGUCAAGAAGAAUACAGUGCAAUGAGAGAUCAAUACAUGAGGACUGGUGAAGGGUUUCUCUGUGUGUUUGCUAUUAACAACACUAAAUCCUUUGAAGAUAUUCACCAGUACAGGGAACAGAUUAAACGGGUGAAGGACUCCGAUGAUGUUCCUAUGGUGUUGGUAGGAAAUAAGUGUGACCUUCCUGCUCGGACAGUUGAGUCACGUCAAGCACAAGACUUGGCAAGGAGUUAUGGGAUCCCCUACGUUGAAACUUCUGCAAAAACUAGACAGGGCGUGGAAGAUGCUUUUUAUACACUGGUAAGAGAGAUCCGGCAGCAUAAGUUACGGAAACUGAACCCUCCAGAUGAAAGUGAAAAGGGGUGUCUGAACUGCAAAUGUGUUGUAUCUUGACUAAGGGUCACAGGUCAAGCUUGACCAUGACAGUAUUUUUCUGCUGUCAUCAACUCAAUCUAUGGCAGAAACCCAAGUGGAUAUGAAAUAGAAGAUACAACAAGACUGUGAUCUGUGGGGAGUAGCUCCUCCCAAGCAUCGCGCCAGAACAGCCUGGGACUUAUGUGUCGAUAUCCAGUCAUUUCAAUAGUUCUCUGGGUAUGUCAUCUCUCCGCCAGGACUGAUAUUCUGCCAACAAACGGGUUAAUGAUUAUACAUUUGUUGAACACCUCUCCCUCUCGUAGAACGAAAUAGCGUUGAUAGCUGUUAUAUGUUAACAUGGCCACACUGGUUGACUUGUAUCCAAAAUUGAACUUUGAAAAAAUUACAUCGACAAGAAACACCUUACAUUUCUCACACAAAGUAAACAUUUUCUGGAAUCACAUGGAUCUUUUCAAAAGAACUAUGGUCAAUAAUGUUCAGUACAUUUGCUUUGUCACCGUGUGUGUUUUAGCUAACUAAAGAUCUUCAAAAGCAUAAUGUAAACUUUGGUGAGCUAUAUUUAGCCAACAUUUUACAAUCUAAGGUACGUAUUUCUUUGGAGUGAGACUCUUUUUUAGGUCAAGUUAAGCAACGUGGGCAUGAUCAUGUACAAAAGUAUUUAUACAUUUCAAGUUUCAUUUGUAAAACCGUAAAGCUUAGUAGAUCUCCUUUUCAAGGUCUCUUUAAGAUAGUUAUAUUAUGACAAGAAAAGAAAGACAAACGUUACCUCAUGUCUCUGGAUCUCUAAACUUUUCUGGACCAAAAAACCUCCUUUUGGAUUUUGUUUUAUUUUCCUAGAGUCCUUCCAUAGAGAUCUAUUCACUUUUAAUGAACCCCUAAAAUUGUUACAGUAAUAAAACAUGAACAAUUCACUUUUAGUCAUUCUUUUGGGUUUUUCGAAAGAACAAAUCUACAAUCUAUUGGCCAAAGCGAAGUCUGAAGAAUUUGGAUCUCCUAUAUUUAUGUUGUUUACUAUUGCAGCCCCUAAACAAUGUACUAUUUU